UUUUCCGCUACCGCAGCUCACGUGUCGACUUGGGCUUUCGUCGGAAGAGGAGGGAAGCGCGUCUGCCCUAUGUGCUUCCUCUCCCCCUCUGUGAGCCUGGAUCGGGAGGCGCAGAGGCUGCCGCGAAGCCGUGCAAGACGCGGAUCCCGACAACGCUCCCGAGUUCAGGGCUCUGCCGGCAGACAGAAGGGAGAGAAUGCUGAGAUGCAGCAUUAGCACCCGAUGCCCGGUUGGGCUGGUGUUUCCCAAACCUCUUUCAAGCCUGGGAGUUGAAGUCCAUAUUUAUCUUCAUUUGUCCAUCUUUGGAAAAGCGUGGAUUAGGCUAAGAAGUGGGGAACGUGUUUGUCGGAGUUGCAUGAAUCAGAAGCUCAUCUUAGGCUGUCAAUGCUUCAUUCAUUUGGCUGUUCGUCCUAUGUGUAUCGGAUGGUGGCUUGUUAAUUCAGGCUUCUGAAGUUCUCAAAGGGGUUUGGACCAGACUGAUUAAUGGGGUUCUGCUGUCUAAAGUUUUACUAUGCAGAAACUAGAGUCCUCUCAACAACCUUCCUAGCAACAAAAAGUUAACUCUUGGGUGAAGUGCAGUCAGUCCUGCAGUUACCGGAAUAGUCCUAUGAAUUGAAAGAUGUUUGGAGAUCCACAAGAUUCCUCUGACCUAUCUGGAAUUUCCUUCCAGGACAGGCAAAGGAUGCAGAAACAACCGUUAGCAAGUGAGGGAACUGGAAAAGGCCCCUCUGCUGUUGAGCCUGGCAGUUGUGGGAAGAUCUGGGCAAAAACUGGGCAGAAGUUCCUGGAGGAGAAAACCAUCAUCCGUUCAGAGAUUCAGCCCUGGAACUUCAGAAACAUCCAAUACCAGGAAAUGGAAAGUCCCCAAGGACUUUUCAGCCGACUCCACAAUAUUUAUAGUCAAUGGCUGAGGCUAGAAAUGCACCCUGAAACCCAAAUGUUGGAUCUAGUAGUUCUGGAGCAGCUGCUGGCCCUUCUGCCCCCACAGAUGGAAAACUGGUUGCGGGAGUGUGGAGCAGAGACCAGCUCCCAAGCGGUGGCCCUGGUGGAAGGCUUUCUCAUGAGUCAAGCAGAGGAGCAGAAGGAACAAGUCAAGUUGCAGUUUUUCCCUCUGCAGACUAGAGAUCCUAUGAGAAUCAGGAAUCCAUCAAAUCUCCCCCUGGAGCUGCUUUUCAGGAGGAUCUCUCAGGAUGCCGCAAGUCAGGACAUCUCAGAUGGGAAGAAUAGAACGAAUUUGACUCCUAUCUAUGGUGGUGCUGAAAGAGUGGUUGAAACUCCAACUCAAAAUGGCCUUGUGUCCUUUGAGGAGGUGGCUGUGUAUUUCUCCGAAGAGGAGUGGUCUCAGCUGGAUGCCGACCAAAAAGCGCUGCAUUGGGAAGUCAUGCUGGAAAAUCAUAGGAACGUGGUCUCUUUGGGUAAUGGGGAAGAAUAUGAAGAUUCCUGGGAACUAUUCCAAAUGAUCACUCGUGGGUACAAUAGGAAGAGUCCUGCAGUUCUAAUGGAAGAAGAAAGCCAUGAGAGAAACCAGGCAAAUAACUGCAAUCGGGAAAAUUCAUCUUCUGUUCAUGCACCGACUAAAGCCCUUGUGGCCCAACAAGGAAAAAUAAAAAACAGAUGUAUUGGAAAACAUAUAAAGGUAUUCAUAAAGAAAUUAAAUGUAAAUAAAUUCUAUCAAACCCAAACUGAAGGAGGAGAUUAUGUAUGUAGAGACAAUGGAAAUAAUUACAAAUGGACUUUGUCUCUUCCUCAUAAAAAUGGGUCCCAUACAUCUCAAAAAAGGACCCACACAGGAGAGAAGCCCUAUAAAUGCGUGGAGCGUGGACAGAGCUUUGUUAAGAACAAUCAACUUAUUUUCCAUAAAAGGAUCCACAAAGCAGAGGAAACCUAUAAAUCCAUGGAGUGUGGGAAAAGCUUUACUAAGAGCAGACAACUAACUUCUUAUAAAAAGAUCCACACAAGAGAGAAGCCCUACCAAUGCAGAGAGUGUGGAAAGUGCUUUACCUCACUCAGAAAUCUUUUUAUGCAUGGAACGAUCCACAAAGGGAAAAUGCCUUAUAAAUGCACGGAGUGUGGAAAGAACUUUACUCACAUAAAGACUCUUACUUUCCAUAAAAGGAUCCACACAGGGGAGAAGCCCUAUAAAUGCAUGGAGUGUGGAAAGUGCUUCACUUGUAGUAAUUCUCUUACUUCUCACUUAAGGAUCCAUACAGGGGAAAAGCCAUAUAAAUGCACUGAGUGUGGAAAGAGCUUCGCUUGUAGUAAAUCUCUUACUUUGCAUAACUGGAUCCAUACAGGGGAGAAGCCGUAUAAAUGCAUGGAGUGUGAAAAGAGCUUUAUUUUUAAAAGUCAUCUUAGGUCACAUAGAAGGAGCCACACAGGGGAGAAGCCAUAUAAAUACAUGGACUGUGGAAAGAGCUUUACUAGGAAUGGUCAUCUUACAUAUCAUAAGAGGAUCCACACAGGAGAGAAGCCCUAUAAAUGCAUGGAGUGUGGAAAGAGCUUUACUCAAAGAAUCAGUCUUACUUCCCAUAAAAGGAUCCAUACAAAGGAGAAGCCAUAUAAAUGCACUGAGUGUGGAAAGAGCUUCACUUUUAGUUCUUCUCUUACUUUGCAUUACCGGAUCCAUACAGGGGAAAAGCCAUAUAAAUGCACUGAGUGUGGAAAGAGCUUCGCUUGUAGUAAUUCUCUUACUUCACAUUACCGGAUCCAUACAGGGGAGAAGCCAUAUAAAUGCAUGGAGUGUGGAAAGAACUUUACUCACAUAAAGACUCUUACUUUCCAUAAAAGGAUCCACACAGGGGAGAAGCCCUAUAAAUGCAUGGAGUGUGGAAAGUGCUUCUUUCACAGUAAUUCUCUUACUUCCCAUCACUGGAUCCAUACAGGGGAGAAGCCAUUUAAGUGCACAGAGUGUGGAAAGAGCUUCUCUCACAAUUCUUCUCUUACUGUUCAUAAACGAGUCCACACAGGGGAGAAACCAUAUAAAUGCAUGGAGUGUGAAAAGACUUUUACUACGAGCAGCAGUCUUACUUCCCAUAAAAGGAUCCACACAGGGGAGAAGCCAUAUAAAUGCACUGGGUGUGGAAAAAGCUUUACUUUUAGUUCUUCUCUUACUUCCCAUUACCGGAUCCAUAUAGGGGAGAAGCCCUAUAAAUCCAUGGAAUAUGGAAAGAGCUUCCAUAAAAGCAGUGAACUUAUUUUCCAUAGAAGGAUCCACACAGGGGAGAAACCAUAUAAGUGCAUGGAGUGUGGAAAGAGCUUUAUUAAGAACUGCCUACUUAUUUACCAUAGCAGGACACAUACUGGGGAGAAGCCAUAUAAAUGCAUGGAGUGUGGAAAAUGCUUUUCUGUAUCUAUUAACCUUACCUCCCACAAAAAGAUUCACACGGGGGAGAAGCCUUAUAAAUGUAUAGAAUGUGGAAAGAGUUUUUCUACGAAGAGUUAUCUUAACAUCCAUAAAAGGAUCCACACAGGGGAGAAGCCAUAUAAAUGCAUGGAGUGUGGAAAAUGCUUUUCUGUCUCUACUAACCUCAACUCCCAUAAAAAGAUUCACAUGGGGGGGAAGCCUUAUAAAUGUAUAGAAUGUGGAAAGAGUUUUUCUACGAAGAGUUAUCUUAACAUCCAUAAAAGGAUCCACACAGGGGAGAAGCCGUAUAAAUGUAUGGUGUGUGGAAAAAGUUUUAUUACAAACAGUUAUCUUAACUCCCAUAAAAGGACUCACACAGUGUAGAAGUCCUAUAAAUUUGUGAAAUAGGGAAAAGGCUUGAAGAGGACCAAUGGCUGAAUGUUCCAUAAACAUACAUUUGGAUGAGACGGUUUAAUGUUAGGUUUAGUUGUUGAAAAUAUAUGUGUUUCCUAAUUUCAUUUACUGAAUUAAGAAAGGGGUUUUUUGAGUCUGACCUUCAUAAUUUGAAGCCCAAGAGAGAUGAAUUCACUAAUAGAAACCAAAUGCUAGGCAUCUGGUGUUUUAAUUAUGAACAGUGUAGCUACUGUCAUUUGAAGGCCACCAAUGCCGUUUCACAUAAAAAAAGAGAACAUCUUUUUUUUCUUCACGUUUAUCCCAUUUCCAAUGGAUCAUAAUAAGGAAAGCCCAAAUCCCCAAUAAAAGUUCUAUAAAAAUUAAUUUUUGAGAGCAAGCAUAGGGCUUAGCAAAAUAUCAUUCCAGGCAUAGCAUGGGAAAUGCAUAAAUCAGGAAAGAUUUCAGAUGGCUAUUUUUGCUUUCUUUGAAGCUUGCUAGCAACUGCCAUAACUAAGGGAAGACAUUUCACAGGGGUAGAGUGCUAGAGGUGUGAAAGAAUAUUAUAAGAAUUUGAGGAGCAAAGACAUUAACAGGAACCAGAGGUGCCAGACUGAGCCAUCUGCCUGCCCUCAAGGACACUAGCCCUGCGAAAGGAAUUUAUAGCCACUCCUGAUGCACCAGGUUCCCAAAACAUUGGACCGGGAUUGGAUUGGACUGUUCUGGCCAAGGGGAGGGAUUUGGACAUUGGGGAUUGCUUUCAAUAUACAGUUUUCACGCAGUUUUUCUUUAGAGCUUGCCUCGCUCACACUGCACUCAGUAAAGGGUAAAAGGUAAAAGUAUCUUUUCUCUAACAUCCAUGGAAUCAAGAGUCAUUCUUUCAUGGGGAGUAAACUAGCCAGUCUGACAAAAGAGUUGCAGAUAUUAUAGCGACAUAUGAAUUACCAAAAUAAGUGUGAUGCUAUAGAACAGAGGUUCCCAACCAUUUGGGCACCAGGGACUGGUUCCUUAGAGAGAGGUUUUUCCACGGAGGGGACAUGGUUUU